GAAAUUAGUAAUAACUUAUACGCCCCGGAAGUGGCUCCUAUAAGAAAAAGAAAAGAAAAAACUAAGAGAUUGCGACCUCUUGGCAUGAAACUGUGGAAGAUUAUGAAAAGAAGGUUGAGGAACAAGAAAAAAAAUAAGUUUAUGACAACUUUACAAGAAUAUUUAGAUCAGACAUAUCCAACAAAGCAAGAGAAAGAAAGAGUUGGUGUCAUAUACUUUACCGAUAUAAGUCCUAAAAAAAGGGAAAAAAUUGCAGAGAAUAGAAUCCCAGAAGUAAGAAUUGAUGGAAGUUAUUUAAAAACUCCACUAACUAAAUUAAAAUUUAAAAAUUUGCCUAAUCCAGAGUUAAUGAAAAUAUUAAACAUUUAUAACAAUAAUAUUCAACCAACUGAUAUCGAAGUAUUUAGUAAAUUUGUUAAUUUAACUUGCUUAAAGAUAGGAACUGAAAAAGAAGUUUUCCGAAACGGUAAACAUAAUAAAUUCUAUGGUUCUCUCAAAUCUUAUAAAAAUUUAACCAAACUAGAAAGAAUUUGUAUUGAGGCUACUGAUGUCGAUAGUGGUUUAGAACACUUACCGAUGAGUUUAGCCAAAUCAACAGCCAAGAGAGCCAUUGAGAAUGAAGAAGGGGGUUAUCUUUUUAUUGAAUGUUCUCCUCAUGAUGCAUUGUUAGCAGCAAUCAAACCAGAAGCAUCUCCUAAAUGA